AUCAUGAUGGACUCAAUUACAAUUACAAAAAUUGCAACAAAUUAAUUCUGCAAGUGUAUGUGUGCGUUCUUCGAUUGUGAUAGCCCCGAUAAGUAUUUAAACAUAAGUGCGCGUCGUUUUGCAAGAAAUCAAGCGGCCCUGGCUGCAACAGCAGCAACUGGAUCAGCAUCAUCUGAGCAGCAAACGUCAGCCGCAGCAGCAGCAGCCGAGCAGCGAGAGAAGCAGCGCCCAGAAGACACAACCGCACACACACACCCCAAGAGAAAGCCAGUGAAGAGAGAGUGUGCGCCAGCGAGAGCAGGAAGAACAGUAACCCCCAGACACAAGAUGAUGAUGGAGAACGGUCUCUCCAUGGAGUACGGAGACGGCUACAUGGAACAGGAGGAGGAAUGGGAGCGUGAGGGUCUCCUCGAUCCUGCGUGGGAGAAGCAACAGAAGAAGACAUUUACCGCCUGGUGUAACAGUCAUCUGCGCAAAGCUGGCACCGCCAUCGACAAUAUCGAUGAGGACUUCCGCAAUGGCCUCAAGCUGAUGCUGCUGCUGGAGGUGAUCUCCGGAGAGACUCUCCCCAAGCCCGACCGCGGCAAGAUGCGCUUCCACAAGAUCGCGAAUGUGAACAAGGCCCUGGACUUCAUCGCCUCGAAGGGUGUGCACCUGGUGUCGAUCGGUGCCGAGGAAAUCGUCGAUGGCAACCUGAAGAUGACCCUCGGCAUGAUUUGGACAAUCAUCUUGCGCUUUGCCAUACAGGACAUCUCCGUCGAGGAGAUGACCGCCAAGGAGGGUCUGCUGUUGUGGUGCCAGCGCAAGACAGCUCCCUACAAGAACGUCAACGUACAGAACUUCCAUCUGUCGUUCAAGGAUGGUUUGGCCUUCUGCGCGCUCAUCCAUCGCCAUCGCCCAGAUCUGAUCGACUACGCCAAGCUUUCCAAAGACAAUCCAUUGGAGAACCUGAACACUGCCUUCGAUGUUGCUGAGAAGUAUCUCGAUAUUCCAAGAAUGUUGGAUCCAGAUGAUUUGAUCAACACACCGAAACCGGAUGAACGUGCCAUCAUGACGUACGUCUCCUGCUACUAUCACGCCUUCCAGGGAGCCCAACAGGUUGGAAAUGUGACGCAUGUACCCGAACCCACAAGACAAUACACCUACGUCCCGAAUAAUUACAAUGCGGAAACGGCUGCCAACCGCAUCUGCAAGGUACUCAAGGUCAAUCAGGAGAAUGAGCGUCUCAUGGAGGAGUACGAGCGUCUGGCCAGCGAUCUGCUGGAGUGGAUCCGCCGCACCAUGCCGUGGCUGAACUCCCGCCAGGCGGACAACUCGCUGGCCGGCGUCCAGAAGAAACUGGAGGAGUACCGCACGUACCGACGCAAGCACAAGCCCCCGCGUGUGGAGCAGAAGGCAAAACUCGAAACCAAUUUCAACACCCUGCAGACCAAGCUGCGUCUGUCGAACCGUCCGGCCUACCUUCCCACCGAAGGCAAGACCGUGUCCGACAUCUCGAACUCGUGGAAGGGACUCGAGCUGGCCGAGAAGGCCUUCGAGGAGUGGCUGCUGGCCGAGACCAUGCGCCUGGAACGUCUCGAGCACUUGGCCCAGAAGUUCAAGCACAAGGCCGAUGCCCACGAGGACUGGACGCGCGGCAAGGAGGAGAUGCUGCAGUCGCAGGACUUCCGUCAGUGCAAGCUCAACGAGCUGAAGGCGCUCAAGAAGAAGCACGAGGCCUUCGAGUCGGACCUGGCCGCCCACCAGGAUCGCGUUGAACAGAUCGCCGCUAUCGCCCAGGAGCUCAACACCCUGGAGUACCAUGACUGCGUGUCGGUGAAUGCCAGAUGUCAGCGCAUCUGCGACCAGUGGGAUCGCUUGGGUGCCCUCACCCAGCGUCGCCGUACUGCGCUGGACGAGGCCGAGCGCAUUCUGGAGAAGAUCGACAUCUUGCAUUUGGAGUUCGCGAAGCGUGCGGCUCCAUUCAACAACUGGCUGGACGGGACGCGCGAGGAUCUGGUUGACAUGUUCAUCGUCCACACCAUGGAGGAGAUCCAGGGCCUGAUCCAGGCGCACGAUCAGUUCAAGGCGACGCUCGGCGAGGCCGACAAGGAGUUCAAUCUGAUUGUGAAUCUGGUGCGCGAGGUGGAGUCUAUUGUGAAGCAGCACCAGAUACCCGGCGGUCUCGAGAACCCCUACACGACCCUCACCGCCAACGACAUGACCCGCAAGUGGAGCGACGUCCGCCAGCUGGUGCCUCAGCGCGACCAGACGCUGGCCAACGAGCUGCGCAAGCAGCAGAACAACGAGAUGCUGCGCCGUCAGUUCGCCGAGAAGGCCAAUGUGGUGGGUCCCUGGAUCGAGAGGCAGAUGGACGCCGUGACGGCGAUAGGCAUGGGCCUGCAGGGCUCCCUGGAGGAUCAGCUGCACCGCCUCAAGGAGUACGAACAGGCUGUGUACGCGUACAAGCCAAACAUCGAGGAGCUGGAGAAGAUCCACCAGGCCGUGCAGGAGUCGAUGAUCUUCGAGAACCGCUACACCAACUACACGAUGGAGACGCUGCGUGUCGGCUGGGAGCAGCUGCUCACAUCGAUCAACCGCAACAUCAACGAGGUGGAGAACCAGAUCCUGACACGCGACUCGAAGGGCAUCAGCCAGGAGCAGCUGAACGAGUUCCGCUCCAGUUUCAAUCACUUCGACAAGAACCGCACCGGCCGCCUCACGCCGGAGGAGUUCAAGUCCUGCCUCGUCUCCCUGGGCUACUCGAUCGGCAAGGACCGACAGGGCGACAUGGACUUCCAGCGCAUCCUCGCCGUCGUCGACCCCAACAACACUGGCUACGUCCACUUCGAUGCCUUCCUCGAUUUCAUGACCCGCGAGAGCACCGACACCGACACUGCCGAGCAGGUCAUCGACUCCUUCCGCAUCCUGGCAGCCGAUAAGCCAUACAUAUUGCCCGACGAACUGCGCCGCGAACUGCCCCCAGAUCAGGCCGAAUACUGCAUCCAGCGCAUGCCACCAUACAAGGGCCCCAACGGAGUGCCCGGUGCCCUGGACUACAUGUCCUUCAGCACAGCUCUCUACGGCGAAACCGAUUUGUAAGCCCCGCGGCUCACGCAGCCCAGAAGGAUACGAGAAGGAUUGACGAGACGUGACGAGACGAGAGGAGACGAGUAGAGAAGAGUAGGGAAGAAGCCGAGAAGAGCCGAGCCGAGCCGAGCCCAGCAGAGCAGAGCUGAGCGGAGCAGGUAGAGCCGAGCCGAGCCGUGGCCAGAUCAUAUAAUAAUGCUAAACUCUAAUAAUAAUAAUAUUAAUAAACAUAGAUUUAUUAUACCUACACUCGUAACGGUAACUUCAGAAGAACUUCAGAGAGAGAGUACUAUCAUGAGAGAAUAUAUAUUUAUAGCUUUUCGUCUCGAACCGAUGUGAGUGGGUGCGGACCGUGCCCCGAAACGCCACACCACGCCACGCUACGCCACGCCACAUACAAUACAUUAUAUACAUACACAUAUACAAUAUAUAUAUAUAUAACAUAUAUAUAUUUUUAUGCAGGAUCCUAUCGAUUGUAAAACAGCAAAAGGAAUAUCAUCGCAAAUGCAAAUGCAAAUGCGCAUCGAAUGUCGAAUGUCGAAAUCUAAAUCUAAAACCAAGUCCAAAACAUAAACAAAAACCAUACAAAAAAACUCUAAAAAACAAUAUUUUUUGAAAUUUAUGUUAAUAAAAACAAAAUCCAUACAUAAAAACCGAAACAAAAAACAAAAAGAUAGCAUGCUCCCAACGAAGCAUCCAGAUCGAAGGAUCAUCCCAAAACCAAACCAAAGACAGGGUAGUCCCAAAGGAGUCCAAAAGAGAGGGGUAGUCAGAAGGAGACGGAACUAGCGGAAAUCAGGCCGACGGCCUUGAAGUUCACCAGACAGACAGAGAUGGCAAUAGCUAUAGAGUGAGAUAGCAAUAGCGACAGCGAUAGAGAAAGAAAGAAAACAGUUCUGUUCUAUAUACAUACAUAUGUAUUCAUACAAUUAUUUAUUGUAGCUACUAUUUAUCCAUCGAGAACGAACCCGAACUAAACUAAACUCGUAUUCACGUAUACAUAUCUUCACGAUUGAUUGGUUAUCGUUUCGAAUUUUGAUUAUCUCAAACAAUUUCACAUUUCAGCUUUUAAAAAACACUAAAACUAAUCGAAAACACACACAUCAAGACACGGCACACGGCACACAGCAGAUAGCACACAGCACACAGCAAUACGAUACGAGAGAAAGAUAGAGACGAUGAGAGAUGAAUGAAUAAAGCGUUUAUUUGG